GCUUUCUCUCUACUCUUACUCACCGCACCGCUUCUUCAGUGCCAUCGAAGAGGAAAAGUGAAGAUGUAGAGUCACUGCUCGCCGCAUUUCAAGCUCCACGGCCAAAUUCACAGCAGCGGUCUUCAUCUCAGCCACAACAGGCAAAUAGCCUCACUAAGCAGACCCCAAACCACCACACCUCCUAUGGUCAGGAUGGACCAAAGAAAGCCAUGCACAUCCAACACCCCCUCAUGAGCACCCGUCGAUCAUCCCCAUUUAAUGUGGCCGCCACCAAACAGAUUCUCCGCCACCAGGAGAAGAAUGAAGAAACCAAAUCUGUCCUGAUCAGGAAGCCAUUCACAUACCACACCCCCAGCCCUGGGUCCGGCUUCCCCCAUAAUACCCUGAGCGUGGUGGUUCCUUCACCUUCGCAACGCCAGAUAUUAGAACUCGCUUCCGCUAACUUUAUCCCCGCUCCUUCUCCCAUUGGGCUCUCGGAGACAUUCUACCCGACUGACGCCUACGAGAAGCGUGCAGUGAAGGGUGCCUACCCGACCGUUCGAAAGGUCAAGCGGGCCGAGAUUUCCUUUGAAGUUGGCACUGUUGGACCCCUACUCACUUCCAAGCCGGACAUCACUGCACAGCUGCGUCAGACUCUGCAGCGGAAGCUGGGGAAGAUCCGGGGCCCAAAAGUGACCUUUGCACCGGGAGAUGAGCAUCUGCUGGCGCGAUUUGCGGCCAACUUUGAGUUUGUGAAUGAGUACAAGAUUCGCCAGGGGGUCACACCCGUGCCCGAGGAAUUUAAUGCGGGGUGUACCUGUGUCGGAUUCUGCGAUCCGGCAAGAUGCCUCUGUCUUAGUAAAGAGGAAGAGACCAAUGAUUCAAUGGUGCCGUACAAACGGGCCGAGGAUGAUGCGCGAUUGCUGGUUCUUACUCCGGAGUUUUUAAAACGGAAAGCGAUGAUCUACGAGUGUAGUUCGCGGUGUGGGUGUGAUGAGCGGUGCUGGAACCGGGUCGUGCAGAGUGGACGGACGGUGCGGUUGGAGAUAUUCAACACGGGCAAUAGAGGGUUCGGUCUCCGCUCUCCGGACCGAAUCCGCGCUGGUCAGUUCAUUGACUGCUACCUGGGCGAGGCCAUCACCAAGGAAGUCGCCGACAUCCGUGAAGACAUCGCCACCUCACAAAAUGGCCACUCGUAUCUCUUCAGUCUGGAUUUUCUUAUCACUGAAGAAGACAGCAAGUACGUCGUGGAUGGCCACAAGUUCGGUGGUCCCACCAGAUUCAUGAACCAUUCCUGUAACCCGAAUUGUCGGAUGUUCCCUGUGUCUCGGAACCACGCAGACGACUAUCUGUAUGACCUUGCCUUCUUCGCUCUCAAGGAUGUACCCCCCAUGACGGAAUUGACCUUCGACUACAACCCCGCCUGGGAAGAAGUCAACAAGGUUGACCCCAACGCAGUGCAAUGUCUAUGCGGGGAGAGUAGCUGCCGCGGUCAGCUAUGGCCGAAUCAACGAAAGGCGAAAGGGAUGAGAUAA